CAGCUGCAGACUCAAGAUUCAAGAGUGCUGCCAAUGCCAUGGCCCUAGACCAUUGGCAUUGCCAUGAGGAAGGCAUGGGGCCAGAAUGCCAGCGGCUGUUGAUCAGCAGAUUGCACCCCAUAAACACACUGGUGUCCUGACUUCUUAAAGCAAUUUGCAGCCGGGACUUUCCUGAUUCCCCGCGUGAUGAAUAUAUGCGGGCAAUCACUUCUUGAGUAAGCUCUUCCAUGUGGUGCAGAUCAACAUAUACUCAGCUCCAAAAGUCCGGAAGAGGCUGGCACAAGCGGAGUAUCUCCUGUCGAUGGGCAUCAGCUUAGUGGUGCAUUCUGUCCCAAUUCCUGAUGCGUAAGUUAGUACCAAUCUGCUGCCAUGUUUCAGCAGCAUGAGCCUUGUGUCAGCACCCACCAGACUUUGGUGCCUAUGCCAAAGCGCCUCAAGCUCGCCCCAACAUUUGACACCGCCCAAUUGCCAGCGCCGCGCAUAGAGGCUGGCGUCCAGACUGACCAUGUCUUCUUCUACAAAGCAGCCAAUUCCGACGGGCCCGUCCGCACUCUGACAGCCUUGCAAUCUGAGGACGGGUCUUUGCACAGUUCAGCUGCACAGAUUGGAACGGCCAGAUUGCUGCCUUUCCAAUGUUACAAGCCCUUCCCCCAGCAGACAGCUGAUGCGUCCAGUUUGCGUGUGACACCACCUUUAGAAGAUGGCUCAAUCCCCACCCCACACCCAGGGGAGUUGGUCAUCCGGCGGCAGAGACGGAGCCCAAGGAAACGGAAGCGGCGGCACACGUUGGGAUCAUGCAUUGAUUUAACAGAAUCAGAUGAUGAAGAGGGGCGUACAGCAGAAGGCGGGGCCCUGCAGGCAGGUAGGCCUCUGGAGGAGGUUACAGAGCUUCGGGAGGGGCUGCGAGCCACACCGGCGAGAGCGGAGGCCAAGAGAUGGAGCAGGCUGGAGGGCAGAGUGUGCAACUUUCCUGACGAUGAUGGCGAAUCGAUUGCCAUCCAUGGAGAGGAGGUGCGCUGCCUGGCGCCGGGAGCGUUUCUUAACGACACCAUCAUUGAGUUCUACAUGAGGUGGCUCCAGAUCAACUGGCCACGCUCCGACCUUCCGCUGGACUCGUGUCUGUUCCUGAACAGUUUCUUCUACAAGAAGUUGAAGCAGCUCACCACCGCACAGCGGCUGCGGCGGCACCCCGACGGCCCCGACUUCCACCGUCUGCGACGAUGGACCAAAGGCAUCGACCUGCUAGCCAAGCAGUACAUCUUCGUGCCCAUCCACGAUUUGGACCACUGGACGCUCGCGGUCAUUUGUUUCCCCGAGGAGCGCAUGCUGGCCCUCCCGGGGGCGAAAGCGGGCCCUGCGAGCAUCCCCACCCCCGCCAUCCUGCACCUGGAUUCGCUGGGCACCAAACACGGGGGGCAUGCCACGUCCAGUGUCACAAGGCAGCUCAAGAGCUACUUGGCCUGGGAGGUGCUGCAGCAGCUUGCGCCUCGCACUGAGCCCGCCCCGUCUUUCUCCCCGGGCGCCCAAGCCGGCACCCGCUCUCACAAGCCGCUCGCCAACGCCCGCCCCGCCUUCAACGCCGACAAGAUCCUGGUCAAGCGCGUGCCAGUGCCCCUCCAGCAGAACGACUUCGACUGCGGCCUCUUCCUCCUUCACAGCCUCGAGACGUUUGUCACCACCGCCCCCGCCAUGUUCCGCCUUGCGGACCUCACCUCCACGCUCCAGUUGGGCCGCACGUGGUACCCCUCCGAGUCUGCGUCCCUGCGCCGCCUGGACUUGCUGCGGAUGCUCGAGCGGCUGUUCGGCCUGGAGGAGCUACCGGACGAGGCGGAUGACGCAGGCACUUCCGAAGUCGAGUUCAUGGGCAGCGGCGCAGCGGGGCAGGCCGCAGCACAGAAGCAGCUGACGUCGCAGAUUGUCGGCCCGCCACAAGAAACGCCUCAGACCCCGAAGCCUCCUGUGGGGUGUUUGGCGCUCUCCUCCCCCUGCAGUAGAACCCCACCUCUGGGUGACGUCACGGCAACCAAAGAAGGCGCUUUCCCUGCCGCUUCCCCAAGCCUUCCCACCCCUUUGCCCAUCCAAUCGUCCGACCCAGCUGGCGUCAUCAACCCCUCUGCUCCGACUGGGUGCCUGCCAGCUGGUGGGGCCGUGCCGUCAGCACAGACGUCACAGUCGGCACAGAGUCCGCCGGAGCUGAACAACGAACCCGCUGCUGUUCGAGUAGAGGCUGGGUUGGAACAGGCUCCGGAUAAAUGCGAAUCCCGGACUGGGACAGGCGCACUUCGAGAUGGCGCUGACGUCAUAGUCUUGGAGCGCGGGACUGGCGUCGAGGACCGGGUGUCAGCGGCGGUGUGUCUCCCCUCGGAACCAGUCGAGCCAGUCUCAAGCGUCCAGGGAAGCGGCUCACUAGAGUCGACGCCCGGCGAAGCGCACCAGUCUCUGUCAGUCGGGCUUGUGGUCGAAUCUGGACUGGCAGAUCUGACCCCGGAUACUGCAACCGGAAGGCUAGACACUUCCUCACCCUGGCCGGUUCACCACAGUGCCGUGGCGGAAGCUGUGUAUGGCUGCACGGAGGAGAGGAAACGAGCGGAGGGUCUAGUGGAAACGGCAGUCGACGAAGGCGGGGGACAAGAAGCAGCGGGAACGGGGGAGAGGGCACCGCAUGAACAGGCGCCAGCAGUCGAUGAGAAGGAUGCCAUGGAGGUGGACGUAGGAGCAGACGUGGACUUCCGGGGAGUGGGGCCAAGUGAGAAAGCGGAAGAACGAGACGGGGGCCUUGCAAAUGGGACGAACGGCGGCGCUGAAUUGCCGCCCGACACAACCGCAGACGGGUCUGCCAUUUCACUGCAGCCUUCGGAGUGGGAGCAACUAGAGGAGGGACGAAACGGCGGCGGGUACCAGUCGGAAAACGGGGCGGUGCUGACCGUAGAGCAGCCGUUCUUGCCGUCAGAUACCGGGGUUGGCAUCCCGGUUACUUCUGAGGCCGUAGCGGGGCCGCAAAGUUUGGACGCGCUUUGUCAGCAGUACAUCGCUGACCUCAUCGCUAGCACUCUCCGACAAGAGGUGCGCAAGCGGUGCGUUGAGUUGGCCGGCGCCGAUGAGCUUUUCCUCUCAGGAGCGGUCCAAAGGGGGCCAGGCGCGCAAGGGAGUAUUUCUAGGGAAGCCCUUGCCGGGGUCACAAAGCCGAGCCUCUUGCCUUUUCUCGAGUCUGAGCCUUUGCUCCCUGGUUCGUCAGUCGCCACAGCUUACGCAGAUGGAUCGUCAUUGCUGCCGGUAAAACACGAAGAUGCGGCAGAAAUAGGGGCACUCGAAGUUGCGGUGGAGAUUGAGAGAGGUCAGCGGCAAGUCGGAGAGCAGAACCAGAGAGCACAGGUUGGGGUACCAGCAGGACCAGUCGAAAGUGCGACCGAGGGGGGUACGGAUUCUCCUUCGAAGGAGGGAACCUUAAACGAUAUGGAGACUGAAGAGGGGAGGGGACUGGAGGGGAUAGCGUCACGGGGGACGCCGCGAAGCGCGAACGAGCACGGACCGGCAGCGAGCCAUCCGCAAGAGACCGGCGAUGCUGGAUAUCUACCUGGGUGUGGGAAAAUUUCCGCAGAUCUUGUUGAUCCUGCGCAACAAGCGGAGGUGGGGCAACUAGGGGUGGGAGACGUCACGUGGCUGGGAGCGGAACGGAAAGGGUGCAGCCAGCAGCUCGCUGACUGGGCCCCAGAAUCUGGCCGGGGACUCGAGACCGGCUCAUUGGCAGGGAAGUCAGAAGCGGGAGCGCAGUGCCAGGCAAUGGAGCUUGAGCGGGAAGAGACGGUAGUCGAAGGCGGAGCAAAGAUGACGGAGAGUACGAUUGCGGAAGCUGAGCAGCAGUCCGAGCUGUUUCUGGAUGCAAUGGAGACGUUUGGCGUAGCGAGCGUGGGUGAGGAAGGGGAAUUGGAGCAAGUGCAAACUGCAGAAGAAAUGGCUACUUUGUCGAGCACGUCACCGGAAGAAAGAGGCUUUCCGAGCGGGAACGACUUCUUGCAGGGAAUUGGAGCAGUGAGCAGCGGCACACAUCCAAAGGAGGAAGCAUGGCAUAUGAAGGAUACUGAACCGGGCAGUGUUAGAGACGGUGGCGGGGGAGUGGUAGACAGACUGCCAAACGGUGAAACAGAGAGAAACGAACCGCCUAAUGGUGUCGAGGAAGAUGAGUCAAGAAAGGGGAGAGAUCCGGACAGCACGGAAGAUGACCCGACCGUAGAGCUGAUGGUAGGAGGUCAGGACUGGAUUGACUGGGUGUUGUCAAGACCGGAGGAGGCGUUCAAUUAAGCACACAGUAAGCUAGCAGAGUAAUUUCAGAAAACAUGUGGCAGCAGCUCAAAGGUAGGACGAUGAGAUAGGGGCCCCUGAAGAAAGCGCGCAUUUUGUCACCAUUCUUGUCUACGGAGUAAAACUGGUCGAGCUAAUGAUGUACAAU